UUGGCUUUUGAUUGGACUAACGUUUUGGUCUGGAACAAAGCAUACAGUUUUCGUAAAUUUUAUCUUUCGAGAACGGCGAGAAGUAAUGAAAUACUUUGUUUAUAUAGAUUCUUAAACAAUAUCAAAUAUCAGGUAUGUAUAAUAAUGCUCGACGAACGCGUUAAAAUGUAGCGUAAGGAUCUAGGUAGGCAUUCAUUGUUCAAGUACAUCGAAGUUGACGAACAGCAUUUUAAAUACCGCAAGAUUGACAGUCUACGUUUCCUUUUGGGCACUCCUUUCCAUUAUGCUUUUCAAUCCAACAGAGAAAAUAUAAAGAAUACAAGAGGGAAUAAAAUUUUCCGAAUUUUUUAAACCGACAUUAUAAAAAAGUUGAAAUUAAAUCUCCGAACGAAAUUUAGUAAGAGGAUUUUUGAACAGUCGUUUAAAAGUAGCAACGAUCAAGGCGUAUCGGACCUGUACCUUAACCAUACCGGGUGUCCUAAAAAGACCGGAAUUUCUGAAAGCUAUGAAGACAGUGAACAAUGUUAAGAUAAUCCUUUAUUGCCAAACGAAAAAUCUUUAAAAAAUGUUAGAUUCUGUCGGUGCCAAAAUGCUUAAAGUUGUUUCGUGCGUUAUAAUACUUUUGAUCGUGAAAGAGUCGAAUAAAAUGCCUGGACAACUGGAAGAGAUCAAAGCGAGGCGUGCAACUUUUGGAAUGGGUUGCUUUUGGGCAGGCGAUUGCCUCUUCGGCGUAUUGCCGGGUGUCAUCAAAACCUGCGUAGGUUAUGCAGGUGGACAAACAGAAUCGCCAACCUACAGGAAUAUCGGUGACCAUACGGAAGUCGUUGACAUCGAGUACAAUCCUGAUGUAAUAUCGUACGUGCAGUUACUUGCACUUUUUUGGCAGAAUCAUGAAUACGGUCUCACCACGAAGAUCAAGAGACAGUACAUGUCGCUGAUUUUGUAUCACGACGAGGAACAGAAAUUACUAGCUGAAAAGUCACGCGAGCGUCAGCAACGGAAACGUACAGAUCUGGUCCUCACGGAAAUUCGAAGAUUCGAAAAAUUUUAUCCCGCUGAAGACUAUCACCAGAAAUAUCGGCUUAGAAAUCAUCCGUGGUUGAUCGAAACUACUGGUCUCGUCAGCGACGAGGUCCUCCGAAAUUCUCCGUUGGCCGCUAAACUGAACGGUUAUAUAGCUGGCGCUGGUACAUUCGAACAAUUCGAGAAAGACUUGCCAAAUCUUGGCUUGAGCGAGAAAGCGGUGCAGUAUUUGCAAAAAUAUCUGCUCGAGAAUCAAGGAAACGGUUUAUAUUGCUAGCUAAUUUUAAGCGUAUAAUAUUUCCGAAUAACAUGCGCGUGACUCAUAUCGAAACAGUCUAUUUCUUCGCGAGAAGAAGUUUUAAGGUUUGAUGUAAGGCUUGUUUGCGUUGUUCCAAUUUCCUAUGCGCCUGUCUCUUAGGAAAACGUGAUUGAAAUCAUCUGUUUGGAAUUUAAACGAUGCAAACAAGUAUUUAGCAUGAUUUUAGAGAACAAUUUACGGGACAGGUAUCCUUUAUUAGUAUUACAUUCUCUCGUUUCCUAUAAUUGUUAUUAUAGCGCGUAAGUCUCGUCACGUAUUCAUUAUGCUAUCCUUUAUACGAACGAAGGAAUCAUAAGAUUAUUUGUUUACACACAAUCAAAUAGUACACCGGUGUCUUACUUUUUGAAAACCGAUCAAAGCUUGCAGUAAGAAUGUUAGAUAGGCUGUGAAAAAAAUAAUCUUUAAUUACCGUGUACGUUCUAUAAGUUUAAUAAGUUUAUCACGAUGCUCUUUAUCGCGUAAAACAAAUAGACGUGAAGGGAUAUAAUUAGAGUAAUGCAGACAUUUCUUUUAAACAGUUUAAGCUGUCCUUUUACGGCAACAUAGUAUAAUUAAUAUGAAUUUACAAUUAUCAAUAAAAGUGUUAUUGUGCAAUAUUUAUUGUUAAUAAUCUCAUUGGCCAUGAGUAUUGAAAGAUGUAUAUAAUUUUAGGACAAUUGCGUUGUUAAAAACGCACGCGCGUAUGCACAUUAACGGCCCCCGGGUACACACAUUUCUAAAUGUGCUUGAACUUAUCCGUUUUAUGUAUCUUUUAUACUUUAUUUAUGUGUAACUGGCUUGCAUUAGGAAAAUGAAAAUUAUAUAUAUUAUAACUGUCUAUGAAAUUUACUAAAAUAC